AUGGAGUCGGUUAACUUUGACAUUAACGAUGCCCUCAAGCAUUACAUGAGCGACCCUGCUGCCAUCAACACCCCAGAGGCUGACAGCGCCCUGGUCGACUGCGAGUCCGACCCCGAGUUGCUGUCCAACAUCGCCCUCAUCAACCCGAUCCUGAAUCCCAUCGUCGAUGCCGUCGCCGAGAAUCCCGAUGCCAUCACACGCAGCGCCUACUUCGACUCGCUGCAGUUCUUACUCAAGUGUGCACCCGCUUCCCUUGUCUCUUCCCCUGAAUCUGAAAGCUAUAGUCCAAGGUCUAGUGCACCACCGCAAAUACAAGAACCAAUUUCUAAGCUCUUCGUACAAUCCAGAUAUACCCAGUUGCUGCCCACGCAUGCCCUCAGCAAGAUCUUCGACCUGAUCAUGAGCGGCCUGUCCGCCGAGGCCGACGCCAUUAACAAUGACCUCGAGAACCCGGACGAGCAGGAGAUGAUCGCCCACCACAAGUCGCUGCUCGAGAUCUACGGCUUCCUGCUGCAGUGGACCAUCGCCUGCGUCGAGACCAAGGCCGCCGAGAAGUCCUCCACCGCCCCGGUAUCGCGCGCCAGGGGUAAGGGCGCAAAGGCGAAGGCCGCCGCGAGCAAGGACAAGGACGGCAGCUGGGACAGCGCCGCGCAACUGCAGUCCGCCCUGGACGUCAUGUCCAAAGUCAUGAAGCUGAAGCUCGGCAAGAUCUUCUUGACAACCAGCGAGCGUGACACCUUCAUCGGUCUCCUCACACGGCCUGUCUACAUGGUGCUCGAGAGUGAACAGAGGGUCAAGAACACGGCCAUGCGGAUGCACGCGUUCAAGGUGCUCUGCAUAGCGGUCAAGCAUCACGGACAUGGCUACGCUGCUCAAAUCUCUAUUGUUCAAAAUUUGACAUACUUCGAACAUUUGUCCGAGCCCAUGGCCGAGUUUCUUCACAUCCUAGCCGAGCAGUACGACUACCCGCAGCUGGCGGACGAGAUACUGCGGGAAAUCGGCAACAAGGAGUUCAACAGCAACGACACUAGAGGUCCCAAGUCUGUCUCGACCUUCAUCGUCAAGCUCUCCGAUCUCGUGCCGAGGUUGGUGAUCAAGCAGAUGACCAUGCUGGCCAAGCAGCUAGACAGUGAGUCACAUACGCUUCGUUCAUCCUUAAUCGAGGUCUGUGGCAACAUGAUCUCACACCUGAGCAAUCAGGAAGAGCGAAGCGACAACCACAAGUCGCAGCUCAACGCUUUCUUCGACGUACUUGAGGAGCGCUUCCUUGAUGUCAACCCAUACUGCAGAUGCCGAGCCAUGCAGGUCUACACAAGGCUGUGUGAACUCGACCAGAAGUUCCCCAAACGGCGGCAAAGGGUGGCCGAGCUCGCUGCCCGGAGUCUGGAAGACAAGAGUAGUCACGUCAGGAGGAAUGCGGUCAAGCUUCUUGGUACUCUGAUCAAGACCCACCCCUUCACUGUCCUACAUGGCGCCCAGCUCGCUCGAAAGGACUGGCAAGAACGCCUCGGCAAGGUUGAUGCCGAACUCGAUGCCUUGAAGCCUCCAGCUGGCGAGCCUGGGUUGGGCGACAAGGCCAACACGACUGCCGACGGAGACUUAGUGGAUGAGCCGACCCAGGUGGAAUCGCCCCAGAAACCCAAGGAGAUGACCGAGGAGGAGAAGGUGGCCGUCGUACGAAAGGCCCAGGAGGAUGCCGUAACAUCCGAGGCUAUUGAGAAACUGACGCUCACCAAACGCUACUACAGCGACGCGCUCAAGUUCAUCCAUGUCUUGCAUGAGUCGACCAGCACUGUCGUCCAACUUCUUGGCUCAAAGAACAAGUCCGAAGUCAUCGAGGCGAUGGACUACCUGGAGAUCGGCAACGCCUACAACAUCGAAGACAACAUGAUCGGCAUCCGUCGCAUGCUGCGCCUGAUCUGGACCAAGGGGAACAGUGACGAGGGCAAGGGCGUCCAGACGCACCUGAUUGACUGCUAUAAGCGACUGUUCUUCGAGGCCCCUGACCACUUGAGUCCGAAUGACGCCGCUGUCUACAUCGCGAGGAACAUGAUCAGCCUGACAUCCGGUACCACCCCCGCCGAGCUGACCAGCUUGGAACAGUUGAUAGCAACUAUGAUGAAGGGCGGCAUGAUUUCUGACCGCGUCAUAACCAAGCUGUGGGAAGUCUAUGGCUUCCAGAAGCGGGAGAUCUCACGCUCCCAGCGACGCGGUGCCAUCAUCGUGCUGGGCAUGCUGGCUACGGCAUCGCCCGAGAUCGUUGUCGGCGAGAUGGAGACCAUGCUACGGACCGGCCUCGGAUCCCACGGGAGAUCCGACCUGCAGUUGGCCAAGUAUACUUGCAUUGCGCUGCGGAGGUUGAACCCGACUGGUCGGCAAGCUAAGGACUCGCCGGUCAGUUUCAGUCGUCUACCGAACGAACAUGCCGUAUUGGCCAAGUUGGCGGCUAUCACCGAGGUUCCCAGUGACAGCAAGGAGUGGUUUGGUGUCGCGGAGCAGGCCAUAAACGCCAUCUAUGCUAUUGCGAAGCACCCCGACACCUUGUGUUCCGAAGUCAUCAGGCGCAGGACCAAGGCUGUCUUCGCUGCGCAGCAAAAGUCGCCUUCCACGUCUCGCCCUGGCUCUCGCGACCAGGAUGCGACGGCCACCGUUGCUGGUGCGCAGGGUAUGACCCAGAACUUCAACACCAUGGCUCUUGAUGCCCCCACGCAGACCAUCAACCAACCGCCACCAGAGCCGCCCGCAGAACCAAAGCAGAAGGCUGCCAUCGCCCUCUCACAGCUGCUCUUCAUCGUCGGCCACGUGGCCAUCAAGCAGAUUGUCCAUCUUGAACUGUGUGAGCUCGACUUCAAGCGCCGGAAGCAGGAGAAAGAGAAGAACUUUGUCGCAAAGCCGGUUGAGCCUCGAGCCUCCACUGGUCGUAAGGGCAAGGCACCUACACCAGCGCCCGAAGAAGAAGAGGGCGACGAGCUUGACCUCAUUGGUGGCACGACCGAGGAUGAUUUCACAGAGGCCAUGCUGCACAUUCGUGAGCGCGAGCUGCUAUUCGGUCCGCAGUCACUGCUGUCCAACUUCGGGCCUCUGGUCGCUGAGAUAUGUUCGCGGAGUGAUAUCUACAAGGACAAGGGUCUCCAAGCCGCAGCUACGCUGUGUCUUGCCAAGUUGAUGUGUGUCAGCAGCGAGUACUGCGAGGCACACCUGCCGCUCCUCAUCACCAUCAUGGAGCGGUCGCCCGAUGCCACAGUUCGUUCCAACGUCGUCAUCGCCCUCGGUGACAUGGCUGUCUGCUUCAACCAUCUCAUUGACGAGAACACCGACUUCUUGUACCGCCGGCUGGCUGACGAUGACCUUUCCGUCAAGCGAACGUGUCUCAUGACCUUGACCUUCCUCAUUCUUGCUGGUCAGGUCAAGGUCAAGGGUCAGUUGGGUGAGAUGGCGAAGUGUCUCGAGGACGAAGACAAGCGCAUUGCCGACAUGGCGAGGAUGUUCUUCACCGAGCUCAGCACCAAGGAUAAUGCAGUCUAUAAUCACUUUGUGGACAUGUUCAGCCUGCUCUCCGCUGGCCAGAUGGACGAAGAGCCUUUCAGGAGAAUCGUCAAGUUCUUGCUGGGCUUUGUUGAAAAGGACAAGCACGCCCGACAGCUCGCCGACAAGCUGGCAGCGCGUCUGGCCCGCUGUGACACGGAACGCCAGUGGAACGACGUUGCGUUCGCCCUGGGCUUGUUACAGCACAAGAACGAGGACAUCAGCAAGGUUGUGAGCGAGGGGUUCAAGGUAGUGCCGGCCGCUGCGUAG